AUGAGCGGCAUCAAAUCCCCUGUGUGCAAUGCGAACGCUGACGAGUUGCCGGCAGCUAUCGCUGAGGCGUACAGGACAUCUGUGGACAGUGCAACGAACGACUAUCAUAUGGAAGAAAACCAAAACGUUUCCGAAGAAGCGUUCCAACUUAAGUACUCCGUCGAAUAUCGUUUCGGUGACUUCACUCAGAGAGUGUGCGGGAACUCCUUCUUCGAUGGUCUCUUCCCCUGCGUUAUCUGCGCACUCAGCAGCGAGAACAAUGAUAUAGCAGCAGAAGAACUGCCCAUUAUCAAAGCACGUCACAAAGUCGAGCACCGACUCGUCCAUGGUUGCUGCAAGGUUGCUUAA